AAUCUUAAUUUGCAAAAAGUUAUGUCAAAUUCAAUUGAAGAGGAAGUGAACGAAAAUCUGUUAACUUGUGAGCAGAAAAAUUCUAAGAAGUGUGUGCCUAUAAGACAAGAGCCGUCAUCCUCUCUAUUGCAAUGGCCAGAGGUGUCGGACGAGAAGAGCGUUCACAUAGAGUUGGAAGCAGUGAAUCAAAAGCAGGACUCGACGGCCAGUGAUAUGUUG